AUGUCUGAGAUGACUGAUAUGAAGAGUCGGUCUAUGGGCCGCAAGAAUAAAAAGGGAUUAGCAUUGUCUGCUCCUCAGACUAAACCUGCUGCCCCAUCCAGCCAAGACGCACAAAUUCCAGGAGCGAUAGGAAAUGCUGUCAAUGAUCCUGGAACAUUGGAGAUAGGGGUGGAGUUCAAGCUCGACCUUCGGAAUGAAGAUUUGAUCGUCAUGAAAGAGCUGGGCGCUGGAAAUGGAGGGACAGUUAGUAAAGUGAUGCAUUCAGCGACGAAGGUUUUCAUGGCUCGCAAGGUAUCCACAGAGCCGUUAACAUCCUCAUUGGACAGGAUAUCCAAAGAUUUUGGCCCCAUUAGGGUGGAUGUAAUUGGCAAGAUUGCUGAAGCUAUACUCAAUGGACUCAACUAUCUCUAUGAGCAUCAUCGGAUCAUGCACCGGGAUAUCAAACCAUCCAACGUCCUGGUAGACCACCAUGGACAUAUCAAGCUGUGCGACUUCGGUGUUUCUGGAGAGUUAGUGAAUUCAAUAGCAGAUACAUUUGUUGGGACUUCGACUUACAUGGCGCCCGAGCGAAUACAAGGCGCUAAAUAUUCAAUUAAGUCAGAUGUCUGGAGCUUUGGACUUACCCUGAUGGAGCUCGCCAUUGGCAGAUUCCCCUUUGACGCCAGUGAUGCUGCCGCAGGGGACAGGGCAAGUGCAGGGCCCAUGGGUAUACUUGAUCUCCUCCAACAGAUUGUUCACGAGCCAGCACCGACACUUCCCGAAAGCGAUGCGUUUCCACCAUAUCUGCACGACAUGAUCGGCCAAUGCUUGCGCAAGAACCCGGAUGAAAGGCCAACACCAAGGGCUCUUUACGAUAAAGACACAUUCCUGCAGGCAGCAAAGAGAACGCCGGUCGAUUUAGAAUUCUGGGCCGUUCAGAUGAUGGAGCAGCAAAAUCGCAAAUCGCACCUCGCCCCUCAAUUAUCGCCCAACACGAAAGCCCUUCUGCGUGGAGAGAGUACAGCUUCACCAUCCCGAGAAUCUGCAGCUUCGACUGCUUCCGCAUCGAAAACACCUACGUCUAGUGAGAUACCCAUUGCCAACGACGAUCAACGCCCUUUGCCUACUUCCACCUCCGAGCCGCCUAUGUCUUCACGCAUUACGGAUGUCAAUGGAAAUAGUGGCAUCUACCCUGAACAGCCAGCAAUCUAUGACACACCAAAUUAUCCACCUCGGACUUCCAGUAGUCUCAGCCAGUCUUCGACUCGAUCGCGCCCCAUAGGAGGUCACGAGGGCUACUCUGGGUAUACUCCUGAGAGUGGUGCAUUCAACCAGACUUUGCCAAUCCGCCCUGCUCCACCUACGGGCCCUUUACCCCAGCGACCUCGUUCUAAUUAUGGGAAUGUAACCACGCCGCGCGCAGCCAAUGAUAGCAAUCAUUACACCUAG